UCCCCCCACCUCCAUCCAAGAUGGCGGGUCUCUCUUUGUAUUACGAGGACUCCCAGGACGAUCUGGAGGAGUUUGGGUUUGAAGAAUACAACACAGACAAUGAUGGAGAAAGGAUAACGUCAUUCUUGGAUUUGCCAAAUCAAGAAGAACUGACUCCUCUUUCUAGAUUGGAGAAGUAUGCAGCUAGUACCAAUGUCUUUAACAGGCAGAUUGUUGCUCGAGGGCUCUUGGAUGUUCUGCGAGCUUUUAGUGAUGAUGAGCAAGAUUUCACGGCUGUUAUGGAGACUAUUGUUAGACUCUCUGAUGAUACAGAGCCCACUGUACGUGCUGAAUUAAUGGAACAAGUGCCACACUUAGCCAUGUUCCUCCAGGAGAACCGACCAUCUUUCCCGAUGGCUUUUUCUAACUAUCUGGUGCCUGUUGUUGUUAGAUAUCUCACUGACCCCAAUAACCAGGUUCGAAAAACAAGUCAGGCUGCCCUGUUGGUGUUACUGGAACAGGAGCUGAUUGACCGAGCUGAUGUAGAGCUAAAAGUUUGCCCAGUUCUACUGGAUCUCACGGCUCUUGAAAGUGAUGACGAUUAUAAGAUUGAAGCUGUAGCAAUCAUUUGUAAAAUGGCCUCCAUACUGACCAGUGAAAUAACUGAGCGUCUGCUACUAUUUCGGUUUUGUGAACUUUGCACUGAUGGCAAGCUGUUCCAUGUUCGUAAGGUAUGUGCAACUAAUUUUGGAGAUAUUUGUAAUGCAGUUGGCCAGGAAGCAACUGAAAAGUACAUGAUCCCCAGGUUCUUCCAGCUGUGCUCGGACAAUGUCUGGGGCAUUCGGAAAGCAUGUGCAGAGUGCUUCAUGGCAGUGUCCUGUUCUGUUUCACCUGAGGUGCGCAGGGCUAAACUCUCCCCACUCUUCAUUAAUCUCAUCAGUGACCCUUCCAGAUGGGUCCGCCAAGCUGCGUUCCAGUCUCUAGGUCCAUUUAUCUCCACUUUUGCCAAUCCAUCUAGUGCUGGCCUGUAUAUCAAGGAGGAUGGUACACUGAGCAUUAGACAGCUGGACAAUAGCGUUGCAGAUGUCAGUGCUUCCUCCAGAGAUGCAUCUGAAAUUCAGGACCAAGGCACUUUGCAGGAAGCCACUUCAUUAAGGAAAGAUGAACUGAGCAGCAUGGAAAGCCUGCUUCAGCAAGAAGAGACAUCUGAGCCCCAAGGGAAUGUUCAUUUGAACUCUGAUUUGGGCAGUAAUGAUUGUCAAAUGGAGAUACCACGAUCUGAUCCUUCAAAUAGCACUGUUCUUGCUUCUGUAUCAGAUGAUCAGGUAGCAACGGACGAUGCUGCUGAUAAAAGCAAAUGUCUCACUACAAGUGAACAUUUAGAAGUAGCAAUUGCUAAAGAAACUGGGAGGAUUUGCACCACAUCCCCACUAGUAAAUGUGGAGCACUCUGUAGACAUGUUUAAUUCAUUUGUUUAUUGGAGAUCGCCUUUACCUGACAUCAGUUUUGACUUGGAGAUGCUGCAAUCAGUAGUAAAAGAGGAACAGCGAGAUCAGAAUGUCGGCUCUAUUUCAGGGACACUAUCUGAAGUUUCCACGACGAGCAGUGAACUGGAGAAAGUGCUGGAGAGCUUGCAAGCACACCUGGAUGACCCUGAUGUACAAGCACAGGUACAGGUGAUUAGUGCUGCACUUCGAGCUGCACGAUUGGAUUCUGCACCAGGAGAAGAAUUGUCGCCUGAUGCUGAAAAUACAGAAGAGGUCCAGGCUAAUACAUCACUCUUCAGUCCAGUACUUGCUGCACCCACAGACACUAUGUGCAUCAAGAGUGAUGUGUCGGUGGGCUUGGACGCAACAGUUGAAGUUUCAAGGUCAUCGACGGAGCUCCUGGUUGAAUGUUUUGAAUCUAAUGAAAAUGAACAGAUUAUGAACCUGAGUAGUAAGACACAUUGUGAUGCUGGGACAUUGGAGAUGGAACAUGACAACAGUUUGCUUUUUGGUGACGAUCAAUCAAAAAUCCAGGAUGUUAUUCCACAGCCAUUACUGGACCAGUACCUGUCGAUGACAGAUCCCUCCCGAGCUCAAACCGUUGACACCGAAAUUACAAAGCACUGUGCAUACAGUCUCCCAGGUGUGGCUCUAACCCUUGGCAGGCAGAAUUGGCAUUGUUUAAAGAAUACUUAUGAGACUCUGGCUUCCGAUGUGCAGUGGAAAGUCCGUCGAACGCUGGCCUUUUCCAUACAUGAGCUGGCUGUGAUCCUCGGUGAUCAACUAACUGCAGCUGACCUGCUUCCCAUUUUCAAUGGAUUCCUGAAAGAUCUGGAUGAAGUGCGAAUUGGAGUCCUCAAGCACCUGUACGACUUCUUGAAACUGCUUCAUAUGGACAAGCGACGCGAGUAUUUGUACCAGCUCCAAGAGUUCAUGGUAACAGAUAACAGCAGGAAUUGGCGUUUUCGAUACGAAUUAGCAGAACAGGUAAUUUUACUGCUGGAACUGUACAGUCCCAACGAUGUGCAUGACUACUUAAGACACAUCGCUCUGUCACUCUGUUCGGAUAAGGUUGCUGAGGUUCGGUGGAUUUCCUUCAAGCUGGUGGUAGAGAUCCUAAGGAAAUUCUAUACAUCUGCUGCAGAGUCGUUAGCUGUGAACUUCAUGAAUGAACUCACUCUUCGGUUUUGCCACUGUGCCAAGUGGACUGGAAGGCAGGCAUUUGCUUUUAUCUGCCAGGCAAUAGUGGAGGAAGACUGCAUGCCUGUAAAUCAGUUUGCGGAACACCUUCUUCCCAGCCUGCUUGGUUUAGCUAGUGAUCCGGUCCCGAAUGUUCGAGUGCUGCUGGCCAAGGCACUGAGACAUACUUUACUGGAGAAAGUGUAUUUCACAGAGGCUGAUAACCCUCACGUAGAAGCUGUUGAAAAGAUUGUCUUGAUCCUGCAAUCGGACAGAGACCGUGACGUACGUUAUUUUGCAAGCGCUGAGAUCAGGAGCAGCCCCGUAAGCACCACCACCUUCAUAAACUGAGAAUGUUUCCAACAAAGUUGUCUGACUUCCUAACCACGUGCAGUUGCUGAACUGGUGCCGGGCCGGGUCGACACUGUCUCUGGCACACAAUGGAGGUGACACGUAGUGGCAAAGAGGCUAUUAUGUUGGUCUGCAGGCUGGGUCAGGACUGGAGGAUGCAGAGCACCUUCCUCUUUGUCAAAUACGGAGCUUUUAAUUACGAAGGAAAGUGGAUUCCAGGUUGAGCUGGUGUGGAACUCGUUAAUAGGUGGUGACUACAAGAGCCAUGUUUCCUUGACUGUUUUUAGAUCAGAAAACUAAUGUGGAAGUUCCUUUUUAAAAGCAUCCUUUGACACAAAUAUUUGUAUUUGCUAAUACAGUGGUAUUUCUACAAACAAACUAAUUUGGAAAUGAUUACAGCAUGUUUUCUUUUCUAAAAAGAAGCUGUACUCCUAACUUUCCUAAUUCUACAUAAAUUAUUUGUAUUAAUAUCCCCAAAUGACAUGCAUUUGUAAGCUUCAGAAAGCACUGAGCACAAUGAUUUUUGAGUAUAGUUUAACUUUUUGAAAACAUGUAAUUCUGCCCCACUUCUCACGUGUAGCUAUUUUCCAUUUCUGCUUUGAAAGCCACACUAUGCAUCCAGUCGGUUGGUUAACAGCUGACUUCAGCACUCCUGGGACUAUGGCCUCUGAAAGAGAAGUGGAGCUUGUAUUCCUUUCACCUUCAGGCUCUCUGGUCUGCCCACCCCAACUUCUCACUGAACAUCUGAGCCAGUUUAGUUAUUCGAAAACUAACCAGGAAGGUACCGCAGCACUUAAAGCCAGUGAAGGGAGAUUAGCCUGUCUGCUACACUGGUGCUUUUUAACUGUGUACAUUCACAAUGUAAUUGGGAACACUGGUUUUGAGUUUGAUAGCACUGAAAAUGCAACAAUAUUAUAAAUGAGGACUGGUAUACAUUCAGUUUUAAAUGUAGUAAAUGUGAAGUAGAAUGAACUUUUAAUCUUCUGUUAAAAGUUAAUUUAAUUUCUUUUAUCCUUGGAUUAGUUGCUCCAUAGCUGCUGAAGGGAGUGUGAUGUGUGCUUGGAGCUGGAACUGCAGGAUACUCCCAAGAUAAAGAAGAGGUGCAUUAAACCUCCACCUAAUUAUCUGGUGCUGAAUUAGGCUGGAGGACUGCUGGUACCAGUCUGGGCCUGCUUCAGUAUCCACCACUGUUCCCACUAAGGCUCCCUCUCUUGGAGACUCUACACAGUCAGACUUCAUAGCUCACUACAGUGGAUGGUUUCUGGGCAACAGGUAUCAGGGAACAAGCCAUAGCUGGCUAGCUAUAGUGGGGACUUGGUUCUGCCUUUAUGAAAGUGACAGCAAUGAUUUUACCCAGUAUAGGUGGAUUCUUCUUUUUGGAAAGGCAGUUUUGGGAAUCCCCUGAAUGUGCAAAGUUUCUCUGACCUUGUGUGUCAUCUACUCCUUCUCCACGCAUUAUGGUGAAAGAAAUGGCCUGCAUCAGGAUUUCUUGCCUUUGCAAUUAUUUUAUUUUGAUGCCAACUUGUAUUACCAAGCGUUUUUUAUUGAAUGGUGUAUAGGAAUGAGGUUUUUGUAUAGUGUAAAGGCUGAUUAUAUUGUAACUAUAGUUGCAAGUUUGGGUUUUUACAAUUAACAUUAAAUACUGUGUUGCUGUAAUGAUUUUGUACAUUUUUCUCAAUGAUUUAGUCAAAAUCCUUCAUUGGACUAUCAAUUGUGUAUUUCUUUGCUACAUACAGACAUGGACUGCUUCAUUUAUCGAGGACCUGCCCUCCAGUCCCAGGAUAUUCUUGGGGUAUUGGCACUUGGUGACUGUUGAAUGGCUUUGUACAUUGGAUGUGUGUGCGAGCCCAAGCUCAAACUGGACGGGUCCGGGCCACGGAAAUAACUGGGUUCAUCCAACGACAAUAUAAACAAUAGGCGAAAUCUACAGUGUGGGUUGUGAAACUGUGAAUGAAUACCAACAUCAAUAUUUAAGAAGAAGCUAGGUAGGCAUUUAAAGAAGUAAAAGUGUUAAAAAUAGUUUUGGUCGCCUACUUCAUUUGGAGUCUCUAUCUGGUUUAAAUUAAGCUAUGAUGCAUUUCAAAAUACAUUCCUAGAAUGAAAAAAUAAUUUCACCUCAGAAGAAGCCACUUGACUGUCAGUCAGUGCAGUUCUUUGUAGAGCUGUUCAAUUACUUCCACUUUUUCUUUAGUUUUUAUCAGUUUUCACUGCUGUGGAGUCUGUGCCUGAUCUUCAUGGCUCACAAUCCCAGCAACUGGACGCGUAUAGCUAUUUUCUUGAACUUGGUUUCAUUUUCCUUGACAUUCAGUUAACAUUGUACAAUAGGUUGUAUUAAUUCUUCACUCUUCUCCCCAUGAGUUUAACCCUUUUUUGUGUCACUGACAUGUAAACUAAUUAUCCAUCCGUGUGUUGGUGUAAUUAUGCUAGACAAAAAAGAUUGGAAUUAGCCUUUUUCUUGUUUUUAAAUCCCCUUCUUUAACUGCCUACCUAGCUUUCUCUUAAAUAUUGGUACUUCAGUAUUCAUUCACGGUUUCACAACCUAUAUUGUACAUCUCUCCUAGCGUUUAUAUUUUUUAUUUUAUUGUUUUUCCUUGUUAAUCCAUGCUAUUUGCCUCUGCUGCCCCAUCUCAAUUAUAUUCACAUCUGUAACUCAUUUACUAGUGUCUGGUAUUCUGCAAAAUUAAGAUUAUUAAUUUUCCCAACCUGUAACUCAUUCCAAGGUUAUAAUUAUUCUGUACAUAACACAUGCAAAUCCUUUGAUGCAAUUUGAACGAUAUUCAAGUUCCUCCACUUCACGAAUAUUGUUCCAUUUAUCCAUCUGUCAGUGAGGUUCUUUGUAGAGCUGCUCCAUGACUUUUCCCAAAGUUUAAUCAAUUGAUUUUACUGCUAAAACUUAGACUUGAUCUUCAUCACAUACACACCAGCACAGCAGGUGGAUGUGUGUAUUAUUCACAGACGUAAGUUUUACAAUUUCCUGAAACUCAACUCACAAGCUUUAAUCAGUCUCUUUAAUGAAUCACUGUCUUGGUAAAUCAUGUUUUACCUGCUUUUUUAAUCAUUCUCUGAACUAAGUUCCAAAUGCAUUGAGCUUGAUCCUGUACAUGGGCUGCCAAUGGCAGCUCGCCAGAGUCUUAUAUUGUGGGCCAUUCUUUCAAGUUAUCCCAGGUACGGUAUAGCCUAUCAUCUUCUUCCUCACCCAGGGAUGAGGUCUUUGGAGUUUCUGUAGAACUGGGUUUCUACGGGAUGGGGUUGCUAGCCCUCCCACUUUUGCAGCAAGGCUUGAGACCAUCCAUGGCGGAGUUGUGAUCUGUGCAUUACUUCAGAAAGUUCAAGGUUCGUAGUUCUAUUCAGCUCAUCUUGUAUAUGACAAUCUCUAACUGGAUUCUAAACUGGAAUUUCAGGUUGGCUAUUUUGGAUGGAUUGAGAAUAUAUUUAUUGGACUAGAUUAUUUGGGAGAAAUUGCCAACAAUUAGGAACUAAUUAGACCAAGUAAAGCUCAAGAUCAAUUGGUAGUAUAUUAUUUGAAUUAACAAAUACCUGGACACAAUGUAACAGCAAUAAGUUUGAUAAAGCUCCAUCCUGGAAACUUACUGCUUGCUCCCAGAGUUCUGCCCUUUUCUGAACAGCUGGAUUCUAUGCUGUCUCCCAGAAGACCGGUCGCCCAAUGCUCAAGCUGAAAACAAGGUCAUCAGUGAGUGAAUGGAACCAAUCAGAGAGUGGAGCAAAGGCAAAACAUGUGGGAGUUGCAAAAUAUAGAUCAGAAGGACAUGACUGGCAGGUCAGACUGGGCUUGCCUUCUACCCCUGGAGCAUAAACAGGGGGUGGGGUUUAAAACAGAAGCAGAGCUAAUUUCAGCAAUGGAUUACUGAUAUAGACAUCAUCAUCAGGUGCCAUGCCCUGACUGAGCUUUGACUGCCAUGGCCCACACACUCCUGUUUCGGAUCCCAGUGUAGAGUGGUUCAUUCUACUUUGAUUAACCGUGUGAAAACUAUUUUGGACCUGGAGAGUCUCCCCGAGGAAAAAGACGAUUAUGCAUGACAUUCCUACUGAAUGGCUACAAGGUGAAGGAAAUCAAUCAGGCCCUUAAAAGAGCUGACAGAAAAACCAGGAAUCCUAACAACAAGGAGGAACCCAUUGCUACCGCUGUCUUCCCUAUAUUUCCACGGUUUCUGGAAGGAUUGCCGGGAUCCUCAAGGAAUACUGGAUUAAUACCAUCCACAAAACCCAUAACGAAGCUCAAGUCACAGUUUAUGCCAAUCAAAUAUUUGGAACAAGCUGGCAAUGGGGGGUAUUGGAUAUAGAUACUAUUCAUCAUCAUCAUCAGGUGCCAUGCCCAGAUUGAGCUUUGACUGCCAUGGCCCAGGCAUUCCUGUUUCGGGUCAAGUGGAUCAAUUCAUUGGUAUUCAUUUCCAGUUCUCGGGCUGCUGUUUCCAUCAUCAUUUGUCUUUGCCUUCCUCUUGCUUUCUUCCCUUCAAUCUUUCCCAUAAUUACUGUGCAUUCUAACUCCUGUUUCCUAAUCACAUGUCCAAUGAAGUUAUGUUGCCUUUUCAUGAUCUCAUACAUUAUUUCUCUUUUUGUGCUUGCUCUGUUCAUGACAUCCUUGUUAGAUAUUUGUUUCGUCCAUGAUAUUCUUUGCAUCCUCCUCAAAAACCACAUCUCUGCUGCUUCAAUUCAUUUCCUCAUGUUACUAGAUAUUGUCCAACAUUCUGAACUAUACAACAUGACUGGAUAAACGUAACAUUUCAGUACUCUGAGGCGAGUUGUCAUGCCUAGUUUAGUGUUGGUCAGUAUGCUCUUCAUUCUCGUAAAGGUGUCUUUUGCCAUCCCUAUUCUUCUUUUGAUGUUCAUGUCGCACCUGCCAUCUGAUGUCACCCAGCUUCCUAAGUAGCAAAAGUUCUGUACUUGUUUUAUGUCUUCCCUAUUUAUUUUCAGCCUGCAGAUAAGAUUCUCCUUCUUUUUGGAUAUCAUCAUACGUUCUGUCUUUUUGAGAUUGAUAGAUAGACCCAUUUUUGCACUUUCUUCAACAACUAUAUCCAUUAAGUUUUGUAGUUCUUCCUCUGUACUUGCAAUUAACACAGUCAUCCGCAUAUCUGAAAUUAUUGAUGUUUUCACUGCCAACUUUGAUUCCCAAGAUGUCUCUUAUUUUUUUGUAAUAUUGUUUCACUGUACACAUUAAACAAAUCAGGGGAGGAAACACACCCUUGUCUAAUGCCUCUCUUGAUUGGUGUAAACUGACUCACUUCUCCAUCUAUUCUAAUAGAUACUAUUACAACAUUUAAAAGCUGUUUGGACAAGUAAUUGGGUAGAAGAUAAAGACGGAUAUAGGUGUAAUGCAUGCAAAUGGAAUUAGCAUAGCCAAGCAUCAUGGUCAGCAUGGGCAAGGUGGCCGAGUGGCCUGAUCCUGUGUUGUAUAUUUCCAUAAUUCUGAUUCAUUCACUAACCACCCAGAUGGUUACUAUGGUCUUUACCCUUUUAGAUACAUACCCACUGAAGCUGAACAAGCUUCUUUUAUCUCCUUCCUGGAAAUAGGUUGAAGGGCUUGUUGGGGUGAGGAUACUACGGUUCUCCAAUGGUCGACAGAUAGGUUGUAUGAAUCAGUGAAAGGCUGGCAAAUGGAGCUCCAUGUGAGAUCAUGCACUCAGGAAGAGAAAUCAAAGGGCAGAAUAAUUUCAAAGGGAAGAGGCUGCAGAUAAGUGAAGUUCAGAGGGAUGUUCAGUAGGUGUUUUGCUGCAGGAAUCUCAAAAGGCUAGCAGGCAGGUCCAGGUAGUUAUGAAGGCAAAUAGCACUGUCCUCCAUUGCAAAGGAGUUUGGGUUUAAAAACAGGAAAAUUUUGUUUCAAAUGAACAGGAUGUUGGUGGAGCCUAAGAUUGAACACGGUCUACAGUUUAGGACACCUUACUGAAUGAAAUGUACAGUAACAUUGGACUUUGCAAAUAUUGAUUUUUUAAAUUCUGUUUUGCAUCACUUGUACAAAUAUUGAAUAAACAGAAUUUGUAAUUACAAUAUAUACUAUAAUGUAUUAUUCACUCAUUGAUAAUCAUUUACCAGUUUAUUAAUCUGUUUAUUCAUUUGGGGACAAAAAGAAACAUAAUCAGUUGGACCUUGGAGGGAGCUUCCAACACUC